AUGCUUUCUUCAGGGUUGAUAGAGUACCUCAUGUACCUUUUGGUUCCAGUUAUUUUCAUCGCCCUUAUGCGGGGGCGCAUUCGCACUCGCACAGACAGCAGCAUGGCAGGCAAAAAACGACUUACCCGCGGAGACCACCUAGUCUACGGCAGCUUAGCGGUGCUCGCAACACUCUACAUAUACUCAGCAAUAUACGCGCAGCCGCCAAACCUGUUCAAAGCCCUCAACACCAGCGCUGACUCCACCUGCAGUAUCCUGCGGCACAAGCUUGCAUUCUAUGCCAACCUCCACCCGCACACCAUCCCGGGAUCUGGGAUCCCGACGCAAGCCGAAAAGUCCAACCGUGACUUUGACCGCGCCCAGUACUACGCUGAGAGCAGCUACGGGCAAUUGGACUUUUUGGUCGAUCGAUUCUGCAUGUUCGACGAGGACCGCGAUGUGUACUUGAAGUUCGGCGAGGAGGUGUUUUUGGGAUCAAUAUCGAGCGAGUUUGGGGAGCGCAAGACGAAGAAACGCGUGAUGGCGGAUGGGAUCUCGGGGUUCCCAGAUCUGCACAUGCAGAUGCAUUCUGCUGCCCUGCGGUUCUUCACGUACCUUCCGGCGUUUGCCCUGGUGGGGCUUCUGACGACGCCCUUUUUUGCCACAGAGUAUGCGCCGUCGCGUAUGGCUGCGCGGUCCUGGGGCGUGAUCAUCGUCGGCACGCUGCUCGCCGCCGAUCUCUACUGGCUGUUCACCGUGCCGCCCGAAACACAGCUGCGCGUGGGCCGCAUGUCCUUGUAUCUUUUCAGCGCAGAUGGCAGCGACCCAGUGGUGUUUUUCGCCGACUCGGCGGCGUACACCAGGAAGCUGUCAGUGGCGCUCGGGCUUGUGCUGUUUAUGCUCUUGGAUUACUGGAUGAGCCCGAGGCAGACUGAUGUUCAGCUGCUGAAGCAGUGUGUUGCUCUGCAGAAGAAGUGCCUGGGAGCUGCGAAGAAUGGGACUGUGGUGGAGACAGCCGUGAUGACGUCGGGGAAGCUGAGGGAUAGGGCAGUGGCUCUGUGGAGGCGCGAGCAGGUCGUGAGGGAGCGGGUGCUGGGCGACGAGGCAUUUGCACAGACCUACGCCAAGGCUGUCAAGGACACGAAGAGCGGGGAGUGGGUGAACCAGACGAUCUCUGGAGCCCUGAGAGGCUUUGGCUUGGAAACUUCCCAGUAA